AAGAUGGCCAAUGUAACUUUGGUCACUGAGUUUAUUCUUGUGGGAUUUCCACAGUUACGAAAACUGACGAUGGUGUUUUAUUCCGCAGUUCUACUGAUGUAUCUUCUAUCACUUCUGGGGCACAGCUUAAUUAUCACUGUGGUUCUCAUGGAACCCAUGCUCCAUACACCAAUGUACUUCUUCCUCCUCAACUUCUCCAUUGCUGAGAUCUGCUCCACAACAGCAGAAGUCCCCCAAAUGCUGACCAAUAUCAUCUUGGGUAAAACCACCAUCUGCUUUGCAUGUUGCAUGGCACAGUUUUUCACUGUCUUUGCAGCUACAGCUGUUGAACUUAUCAUGCUCACAAUCAUGUCUUUUGAUCGUUAUGUGGCCAUUUGCAAACCUUUACUCUAUAAAACAGUCAUGACCAAUCAAUUCAGUCUUCACUUAGCUUCGGUGGCUUGGACUGGUGGGUUCCUAAUUGUCUUCUCUCAGGCAGUAGUCAUAUGGACAUUCCCUUAUUGUGGAGACAACUUCAUUGACCACUUCUUUUGUGAUGUGGGACCUCUUCUGAAAUUGGCUUGUGCCGAUACAAGUGUGAUAGAGCUAAUUGGUCUCAUCUAUGGUGCCACUAUCAUGUGGGGAUCCCUCGGUCUUUCCCUGAUAUCAUAUGUGUACAUUAUAGUUGCUAUAAUUCAGAUCUCUUCUGCCACAGGGCGUUCCAAAGCCUUUUUCACCUGUGCCUCCCACCUCUCUGUGGUAACCAUGUACUACACAGCAAUUAUGUUUAUGUACUUGAGGCCUUCAACCCAUGGUGACACCCAACUCAAUAAAAUUGUAUCUCUAGUGCGGACAAGUUUAAUACCUGUGUUAAACCCUUUCAUCUACACAAUCCGCAACAGUGAAUUCAAGACAGCUCUGGCAAAAGCAAUGAGAUGGAAGCUGGUUCUCUAG